AUGUCGGGACACAGCUUUAAGCGUAGACGAAAGUCUUCUGGUGUAUCUGUUGGUCCGCUUCUGGUCGACGAGGAGGCUCUUGAGACCGAUAAUCCUGGGAUCGACAAUAACACUACCCAUAGUCGGCCAUCAAGGUUUGCUCGCGCAACCUCUACGCCAUCUGUGGGACUUUCGUCGUCGUUUAGUCUGCCAAGCCGCAGCUAUAUCCAUCACGCGGGUCAUGGAAUGGGUAGUAUCGUACAGUAUUCAAGUUCCGGCGUUCGCGAGGAGACGGCAGAAUUGUCUUCAUCGUUUCUUGGCGACUCAGAAAUGUCAAGGCAACUUAGUCAAGAAAGUAGGCACGACUCGGACGGUACAACAGGACGACUGAAAGUACAAGACACGAUUGCCGAAACAUCUGAGCCAACAUCACCAGAAGGUUCCGCCGGAUCUCGUCCUGGUGCUUCCGAGCUUACUGCAGCUCUUCGUCCGCGGCCUACGAAUGCCUUUCUACGAUCGUCUGAGCUCGAAGUGAACAGGACCAAGUCUGACUCGGAUUUGUCUGGAGACUUGCCAAGGGUGUUGGUCACAAGUGAAGAUGAGGGUGGCGAUUCAACGCCCACAGAGAGGACGGCACUCCUGCCGCAAGCACGUCUAUCAAUGCGAGGGAGGCCGACACGUGAUCCUGAGCCUGCGAUUGAGGACGAAGAAUCUCGCCCGAUCGGCACCUGGGACAGAAUUGGACAUCACUACCCAUCUGUUCACCGGAUCGUCUCGACGACGCGGCAAACAGUGCUCAAUCCGAAGAGCUGGGAUCCGCGAGCCAUCGGUCAGACCAUAAUCGUGGAACCCGCAAAAAUGCUACCGGCUGUAUUUCUUGGCCUCUUAUUGAAUCUACUGGAUGCACUUUCAUAUGGCAUAAUCCUUUUUCCACUUGGCGAAGAAGUGUUCGCAGACCUUGGAGCUGAUGGCGUCUCCAUGUUCUACGUCAGCUGCAUCAUCGCGCAGCUGACAUAUUCGACUGGGAGUAUCUUCCGAGGAGGUGUGGGGUCUGAGAUGAUCGAGGUUGUCCCAUUCUUCCACAAAAUGACUUACAUGAUCAUGAACACGAUGGGCACGGAGAACCCGGACGCACUCCGAGCAACUGUCAUUACUUCCUACGCCAUGAGCUCGAUUAUCACUGGUCUAGUGUUCUUUGGUCUCGGCGCUGUCAAGCUGGGGACUCUAGUGAACUUCUUCCCACAUUCGAUCUUGACGGGAUGCAUAGGAGGCGUCGGUAUAUUCCUCUUCCUCACUGGCAUUGAGGUUAGUGCCCGUCUACCAGGAAACUUUGAGUUCACGAUGGUGGUCUUCAAGCAGCUCUUGACAGCGCAAACCGUGGCACUCUGGCUCCCACCGUUGGCACUAGCUGUGUUACUUCUUGUGAUCCGCAAGUGGCGCGAUCCACCAUGGCUGGUACCAACUUACUACAUAGCCAUCACCGCAAUCUUCUAUAUCAUCACGAUCGCCGUACCGUCCAUCACCAUGGAUAUUCUACGCCGCGACGGUUGGGUGUUCGAGGCACCUGCUGCUGGGGUACCAUUCUACAAUUUUUACAGUCACUACAAAUUUGGUCUUGUCGACUGGAACGCCAUAUGGAAAACUGUACCUUCGCAAUUGGCUCUUACCUUCUUUGGUAUCCUGCACGUCCCUAUAAACGUGCCCAAUCUGGCGAUGGUGGUCCAGGAAGACAACGUCAGCAUCAAUCGCGAAUUGAUCAUGCACGGCAUUUCCAACACUCUCUCGGGCUGUGUUGGAAGCAUCCAGAACUACCUUGUCUUCGUCAACAGUGUGCUCUUCAUGGACACUGGAGGCAAUAGCAGACUUGCUGGAUACAUGCUGGCAGCCGCUACCUUCGGACUGUGGGUGGCUGGACCCGUGGUCAUUGGCUACGUCCCGGUCAUGGUCGUCGGUACGCUCAUCUACAUGCUUGGCAUUGAGUUGACACAAGAAGCACUUGUAGCGACCUAUGGCCGGCUAUACCAGCUGGAGUAUUUUACGAUCGUUGCCAUUGCGCUUGUGAUGGGCCUGUACGAUUUCGUGGUCGGCAUCGCGGUCGGCAUCGGCCUGGCCUGUCUCGUAUAUGUCGUACAGACAUCACGCAGACAGAUUAUCACUGCUGAAUUCACGGGUACUGUUGCCGAGUCCACAGUACGUCGACAUCCCCGACAACGCAAUUACCUGCACAAAGCUGGACGACAGAUCCGGGUCCUGAAGCUGUCGGGCUAUCUAUUCUUUGGCUCUAUUGUGAGGGUCGAGAAGCGGGUACGUGCCUUGAUCGACGCUGAGUCGUUCGCCACAUCACCAAUCAGGUACCUGAUACUAGACUUUACGCACGUCACCGGUAUAGACUUCUCAGCUGCCGAAGCAUUCGGUCGCAUGAAUCGAAUUAUCCAGCGACGUGACGUUGACAUGGUACUGGCGAGCGUGACGCUGGGUAAUGAGGUUGGCAAGGCACUAGAGAUGGUUGGGCUCUUCGUCGACAAUGACGAGACACCAGCGCCGAAAGUCUUCGAAGAUCUCAAUGCUGCGCUCGAGUCUUGCGAGAACGAGUUGCUCAAGGUCUUGACCGAGAAGCAAAAGUUGGGCGUGCACAGGCCUGAAGAUUCGCCACCAAUGCAGAUUGAACAGGAUCAGAGUCACAAACAGGGCCCGUCUCCUUUCGAUACCGCAUAUGCGUCGCCGCGCCGCAACUUCCUGCAUGAAGCCGCCACUACCGCCAUCACGGAGACUAUCGAACCCGAGCAGGCAAGAUGGAAGAACUUCAAGCAGCCUUUACCGUUACUCCUGCAAGCUUUCCAGGACCUGACAGAGAAGAGCGAAGACUUCUGGUUCCGCGCUGUUCCGUACCUGGCCAGACGUGAGUUCACGAAGGGCCAACGACUUUAUAACCGUGGCGAUCGUCCCGACGGCUUUUAUCUCCUCCAAGCAGGUAUCCUACGAGCAGAGUACUAUCUCAAUCAGGGCAACUACCGUGAAAGUAUUGUACCUGGCACGACCUGCGGCGAGCUACCUUUCUUCUCUGAAACAGAGCGGACAAGCAGUGUGACAGCUGAACAGGAGUGCGUUGCCUGGCUGUUGACACCAGAGCAGUGGGCGGAUAUGCAAACGAAAGAGCCUGAAGUUGCGAAGGAACUGCUGAGGGUGGGUUUGAAGCUGAGCGCGGAGAGGAUGAAUGCUAUUACUAGUUAUGUGCUCAUCACGGCGAGUUAG